AUGAACACCUCCUCAAAGUACGCCAACCUGCCCUUCAUCGCCUCCGGUGAGCGGGACGUCUUUGAGUCGGACGACCUGCCGGAGGCGGAUCAGGCGUCAUCCUCUGCCGCCGCCCACCAUCAACAUUCUUCCAUUACUGAUGCCUCCAUUGAGAUCAUUCCCACCGGAACGGGUGAUGCUUUUCAGAAGUUUGCCUCCUAUGAUCUGGUUGGCCAGCAGUCGAUUAGAAGCGGGCCCGAAUCAAAGGAGUCCUAUCUGGCCAAGUUUAACCGCCUCAAGGCGGAGAUCGAGGAGUUGAAGAUCGGCCUUGAG